AUGCCUUCCACCAUCCCAUACGAUCCCAGCCUGGUUCUGGCCAGCGUUGUCAACGAGAAGGCCGUUAAAACUGUUAAAGCCAUCUCUGAGAAACAAAAGCUGAUUGAUGCGGCUCAAGACCACAUGAAUGCUCUCUUGUCCACUAGGAGAAGUCUUGAUAUGACCAAGAGCGAGCUCCUGAAUAUGAACAUCGAUGUCUCUGACCUCGAGGCCGAGGUGGAGACGUUGGAUACCGACCUCAAGGCUGCUGCCAAGACAUAUGUCGACACCAAGAUUCAGAUGGAGAAGGAGCUUGUUAAGGACCGUGCAGGUCUGUCUGAUGUGCGAGCGGAUGUUGAAAGUCCCAUUGACUAUGUCAAGACUCAGAUUAAAACCAUGCCCCUUGCCGCAGACUCCAUCAACAUGGAUGUUCAAUAUUUCUCCCAAGAUAUGAACAAGGAGGGCUCCAGCUCCCACUCUGACCAGAUCACUUCCUUCAUUGCUAGUCAGGGAAGCUGGCUGGGCAAGUCGGCAUCGACCGAACUGACCAAUGCCGUUAGCAAGCAGGUCAAUGAGCAGGUCAAGAGACACAGCAUUUCUGGUACACUUGUCAUCUCGGUUUCCUGCACACACAAGAAUGCCAACAUCAUGGCACCUCUUGUCAUCGAUGUAGACAAGGGAAUCAAAGUUUGGAACAGCAUUUAUGGCGAUUCCGAGUUCUUGAGCGCCAACAAGGAGGACAUGGCAAAGCUCUGUGCUGAAAGGGGCAAGGAGAAGAAGGAGAACGAAACCCACUUCAGCAUCAUCUCUGGUACCACCUUUGGAUCUAGCUUCGUUGGCAUGGUUCACAUUCUCAACACCUCUGACACCAAUGUCAAUGAGACGAUGUCAUCCAUGGCCACUUCCAUGCAGGCUCAGAUGGACGCCGCCGCAUGGUUCGCCUCUGCCUCUGGUGGCUUCGGUGCUAGUGCCUCCAUCGCCAACGACGUCAAGAAUCUCCUCAGCACACAGAACAUUUCUUCUCAUGUUACAAUGAUCUGCAUGGGUACCAUUCCAUCGAUGGUCGCUCACGAAGUCCAACUUGGUGUUGAGAAGUUUGCCACCUUUGACCCGAAGGCGAACUUGGAGGCUCUGGCCACCUUCCAGAACGCCACCAACGCCAACCAGGGAAGUGUCCAGCAGUCUGCUGCAGCUGCCAGGACUGGCGGUCAAAUGAUUGCCAUGAAGCAGGGCGAUGUCAAGGCCGCGCUCUCUGCCCUUGCUGACAUUGAUGACGGCUCGAAUAAGAUCCUCGACAUCAACUCCAUGAUGACUGCCCUGGAGGACUAUCUCAAGAAGGCUGCCAAUGGCACUUCUGGUGUCCCUAUCAACUACUACCUGCAUGAUGUCACCAAGGACAUGCUGGUUGAUCUGUGGGUGGCCAAAUACUACCCUAGGAAGGAGGAGGCUCCUCCUGCCGCACCUAAGGAGGAAGCCCCCAAGGAGUAA